CAGUCGCUCCCAUCCGGGCCUUUCAGGCUAUUUAAAGACAAGGAAGAAAUCGGUUUCAGAACCUCUGUGACCCUGUAAUCUAAAAACAGUCUUCAGCCUGCCAAACAGUUCCGUCUCAGCAGAAGCCAGAGACUGAGGGGUACAGGAAUUUAAAAGGGAGAGGACAGCCAGCAUCCAUCAGGAAGGUGACGCAGAGCCUUUGAGCACAAAGAUCUGGAGAAAUGGUUCCUACAGCAGCAGAAAAGCUGAAAACUUUGUAUGAGCAGCAGGGCUUCCUCACGGAGCUGCCAGUGCUGAGCAUCACAGAGCUGCAGGAGGCCAGGGAGGCCUUCACCCAGCUGGAGAGGGAAUUUGGUGAGGAGUACACGCAGUACAGUUUACACAACGUCCAUCUGAAGUACGACUGGGUGAUGGGCCUCGUCAAGCACCCCAAAGUCCUCGAACCUGUCAAAGCCAUCUUGGGACCUGACGUCAUCCUGCUCGAUUCUCGCUUCAUCUGCAAAUACCCAACACAGCUUAAGACCACCUCCAGUGGAGAGGGGAGCAAAACCGCCACCAGUGAUACGGGAAACACCUCUGAAGAGAGUAAAGGACAGGUUUACAAUGGGGCGCAGGAUGAAGCUGACCUACCCUUUGUAGCCUGGCAUCAGGAUAUAAGGUACUGGGGUCUGGAUGGAGGCUCAGUGCUCUCUGUGUGGCUGGCUCUCGAUGACUCACGGGAGGACAAUGGAGCCCUGCAGGUCAUCCCAGGUACUCACCGCUCUGGACUUCUGCCUCACCAGUCAUCAGCCAGUGCAGGAAACAUGCUCAGUGUCAACCAGGAAAUCCCUGAGGACCUGGUGGAAACUGAAAAGGCGGUGCUCUGCCCGCUGCUGGCUGGACAGAUGUCAGUGCAUGAUGGAUUUCUGGUCCAUGGCAGCAACCCCAACACAUCAAACAGCAGACGCUGCGGGUUUGUGAUCCGUUACGUCCCCACGUGCGUGUAUCCCACUGAGGACCCUGAUCGCCCGAGGCGUUUCGCCGCAACUGCACUGGUGUGCGGCAACGACAAAUUCAACCACUUCAAAAGCAUCAGUGCCGAAGUUUGACACUGAGUCUCAAGUAUAACUGUCAAGAAGUACUAUGUUUUAUGUAAAAUUGGUGAAAGGGCCCUUUUACUCCUGCUUACCUGAAAGCUCUAGUAUUUCAUUAACUUCACGUAAAGUCUUCUAGCAUAAAUCAGAAAUUUGUG